AUGUCGAUACCCAACUCAAGUUUCUCGCCCGUCGAAGGGGUGGGUUCACAUUCCUUUCCCGACUUUGCUGCCUCUUUGCCACACCAACAAGUCCUUUUGGCUAUGUCGGACGCGAUGGGUUUGGCGACAGGAGGCACUUCAGACGUGUUAGUGGUUGCACCAGCAGAGUCGAGCGAAUUGGGUUGCCACGACGCUGUCAGUUCAGGCUGGUCAGUCGCAAAUUUCACGCUCGACGUCUCUGAGUUGCAGUUAUCACAAUGCAGGGAGAUGCCCUUCUCAUCGCGGCCUGUCGUGGUAACGGGAUUCGUGCCCAACGGUGGCGCUGUCUUCCGAGUCUGGCCACAAUCAUCAAACCCCCUCAGGAGGAAGAUCAGGUUGCCUGCUGGUACGCAGGUAGCCGUAUUCGCGACAGACGCGGACGGAAGGGAUAGCGGAGUCACGCGUUUACUGGAAGUCACAGACUCGGGAGAUGAUUCUUGCCUUGGAGUUCUUCACACCGAUGGCAAAGGAAAGGAGAAACGGUUUCCGACUGGCGCUAUCGCAGGCGCUGCGGCCGGUGGAGUAGCGAUCCUGGCGAUUCUAGCCUUCUCCUUUCUUCGUCUGAUGAGACGUCGCAAAAGCGCGCAAAACCCCCAGGUUCCAGAUAGACCUGUGAUCGAUAUCGACCCAGAGGAUGACUGGGUGGAUGCCGGACGCGUUGCUUCAUUGUCCCCAAACCAAGACGCGUUGCCCCCAACUGUCGCCCGUGCCAAGGAGGUGCUGUCUUGGAACGAGGAUACGGAGAGGGCCCGUGAAGAAAUCAACCCCUUCGCCUCCCCCGAUGAUAGGGACAUGGGGACAGACGCGCCGCCAGCCAGUGCAAGCCCCGCCCCAUCAUACGAUUCCACGCCGUACGAUCACCGUUAUACCCCUCGCCAACUGCAAAAUGUUACCCCUAUCCAGCAAGAAGUCAAUUCCAUGAACUCAGUUGAUGAAUCGCUCCCCGAAUAUUCCGAGACACAACCUGAGCUCCCAAUAAGGCCAGUUCGAGAAAUUUCUGAAAUUCCUCCACCCAUUGGGAUACCAAGCCUUACGCAGAAGUGA